AUGACCGCGCAACUCUACCUGCGCGCUAUCGUCCCAAUAGGCGUCCUAUACAGCGCUAGUCUAGUAUGCAGCAACCAAACAUACCUAUACCUCAGCGUAGCAUUUAUCCAAAUGCUCAAAGCCAGCGCCCCCAUCGCCGUACUCCUCACAUCCUGGGCUUUCCGUGUCGAAAGCCCGCAAUUAAAAACCUUCAUCAACGUUCUAGCCAUCGGCUUCGGUGUCGCGCUGGCAAGCUUCGGCGAGAUCAGGUUUAGCUGGAUCGGCUUCCUGUACCAGGCCGGCGGGGUGUUUUCGGAAUCGAUCAAAGUCAUCAUGAUCCAGAUUCUGCUGAGCGGACAGGGCCAGAAUAUGGAUCCGCUGGUGUCGCUGUAUUAUUAUGCGCCGGUGUGUACGGCGAUGAAUUUCCUCGUGGCGGCGGCGACAGAGGCGGGGGAGUUUGGGCUGGCGGAUGUGUGGAGGGUUGGGGCUGGGGUGUUGUUGUGUAAUGCGGCGGUGGCUUUUUUGCUGAAUGUCGCGAGUGUUUUUUUGAUUGGAAAGACCUCAGGCCUCGUAAUGAUCCUCGGCGGCGUCUUCAAAAACAUCCUACUUGUAGUCGCCUCUGUCAUCUUCUGGGGCACCAUCAUAACGCCUCUGCAACUCUUCGGCUACGCCAUUGCGACCAUUGGACUUAUUUAUUUCGGCGUUGGGUAUGAUGGCAUCGUUACUUAUUGCGCGGCCGCCAAGAGGAUGUGGGGCGAUGGGGAUGAGAUCCUGCCGAGUCCGAGGUUUGUCAGGAAGGUGAUGAUUAUUAUCAUGUAUACCGCGGUUCUGGCGCUGUGUGUGACGGGUCUCGCGGUCAAGAGCUGGAAUGUGCCGGCGUUUUUGACGGAACGAUUACCUCCUUAUUGA